UUUUGAUUUACUUAAAAGUUAAUUAGCCAUAUAUAAAUGAAAUAUAUUUUAGAUUGUGUUCAUAUGUAAAUUAUGAAUAAAAUAAUGGACACCGAAGUUCCUGUUCUUGCCGGAUACCUUAAUGUGCCAAUGCAAUCAAGCUUUUCUUUAAACCGAAUUUCUAAGAAGAAAAACUGCCACAGAUAUUGCUUGCUUUUCAAUUCAAGCCAACAUGGUAUUGAGCGACUUGAAAUUUGUGAAUCUAAGGACGACAAAAAUCCUAAAAUAGUAACACUUGAAAAUUGUGUCAAGAUAACGCAAGAGCCACCACCAGCAAAUAUCAUACAAGUAAUAAAGAAAACUGAAUCCUUGACAUUAAAUACUUUGACAGAGGAAGAUUUAAAGGAAUGGACAAAUGCAUUACAAAUGGUCGCAUUCCGCAAUAAAAGCAGUAUGCAUACAGCUCAAGCUGCAAUAGAGGAAGAUAAUGAUUUAUAUUGCAGUUCUUUUGGGGAUGGGUUAUUUAUUAUAACACUGAUACCUUCAGAAACUUCCAUCCGUUGUAAUCUAGAAUCCAAGUCUUACAUUCUGCACCUUACUGCGACUGAACUCCAGUUGAAAAGCACUGAUGAUCUUAAUGAAAUAAUAGCAAGAUGGCCUUAUCGUUUUAUUCGUAAAUACGGAUACCGUGAUGGAAAAUUUACUUUCGAAGCCGGUAGAAAAUGCUGCACUGGAGAAGGUAUAUUUACACUAGAUCAUACCAAUCCCCAAGAAAUUUUUCGAUGCAUGGCUGCUAAAAUGAAAUCUAUGAAGAAGUUAAUAAAUUGUGACAAUUUAAAUAAUGAUGUCAGCGAAAAUCAAUGGAUCAUAGCUGCAAAUAUGGAGGCUGGUUCUCGAAGCCCUUUAGCACCCAACAAUCAACAAUGCUUAAGUAUUGAAAAUAAUUCCCAAAGUGGUGUCUCUUACAGGGAGUUUACAACUUCAAGUGAUUCUCUUAACAGCUGUUUUGUUAAUAACAAUUCCAUGCCGAUAUUACUCCCUCCAAUUAUAAAGCAAGUUCCGAAUAAACCUCCUCGGAAACUACAAUCAGCAUUCCCUUCCUCUACAAACUCCAAUAAAUCUCUGCUCCAUGGGUCAAAUCUAAACUUUCAAACAAAUUCUGAUAAAUUAUGUAAAUAUCAAAAUUACGAUGCGGUUUCAAUUACUACAUCAAGUGAUCCCAACAAAACCAUUGGUUCUACUCUUGUAAUAAAGCCUUUUUCUCCUGAGUGUGCCAGAAAACAAAAUCUGCAACAGCACAAAGAAAAUAACUCAGUGUCAGGAGCUGAAAGAGAUUAUGAAAGCAUAGAAACUGUAACGGAUGCUUGGAAAACUCUUGGAAUAGAUGAAGUGAAACACACUGAGCGUAUUUUAGGGGAUCACAACGAAGAAAGUUUUAUAGAACCAAGUUGGCAACGUGCUGUCAGUGGAACUCAGCAACGAUCACUAAAAGAAACAUUUUUGCAUUCUAAAGUACCAAGAGUAAUAGACAUCGAUAUCGGAGAAGGAGGAGGAGGGAGUGCAACAUGCAAUAAUGCAAGAAAUAUUGAUGACACUUAUGAUCGUCUUGAUUUUAUGUCGCCAAACAACAACACAUCGAGUGGUUAUAAUACCAUUGUAUCUGUUGUAUCACCAGCUCGUAAACGUUGCGACUCGCCAUCGCUUAGUGAUUAUGAACUUAUUGGAAAUCCUGAAAUUCAAUUUUCUAAGAAGCCCGAUACCGACGGCGGCGGCAGCAUUCGAAACCUGCAAACUAAUGUUUUACCAUGUCAAUCUUCCCUUGCGCUAAAGUGCAACAUAGUCGGAUCAAAAUAUUUCGAUUCAGCCGUUGGCCAGCAAAUGUUUGCGGGUGCAAAUUUAACACCUUCUCAUGAAAAUUAUAGUGGUAUAAACUAUACUAUAGUUAGUAAACCCAAAAGAGUUUGAUACUGAAAUUUUGCGUAAAGAAAUCCCCUUUCAAAAACUGUGAUUGUCGUAUUUGAACUAGAUUUGUCUUAUUCGAUCGAUUUACAAAGCGAAUGCUGUAAGUCCAUAAAUUUGUACAUGCGCCAUAUAAUAAAUAUGCCUAUUUUGCAUACAUAUUUAAUAUAAAGUUAAUAAAAAUUUGUAUGAAA